AUGGCCGUCGUGGUGAUCAGCAAGUCACCGCCGGUGCUCGUGAUGCCAUCAUCGGAUCCGGCGACCUCGGCGACCUUUGACCACUUCAGCCUUAUUAGCCUCACCUCUUACGACGAUCCCAACGUCGGGCGGCCCGUCACGGCGUUCCUCGUCUUCGAGCGCCCGAUCGACGACCCCGCCGAGACCAUCCGGCGAGGCCUGUCCCUCGCGCUGGUCCCCUACUACCCCAUCUCCGGCCGUCUCGUCGGCGCUUUCGUCGGCGACCACGUGUUCACCGCCAUCCACUGCAGCAACGUGGGGGACGCGGGCGUGCCGUUCAUCGCGGCCUCCGCGGAUGCCGCACUAAGGGACGUCGACCUGCGCGGCCACCUGCAGGAGCUCGCCGUCUUCUACCCGGCCGAGGGCGACCCGCUUCUGCGCCCGCUCCUGCUACUUCAGGUGACGGUCUUCUCCUGCGGCGGGUUCGUGGUCGGGGUGACGUGGGACCAGGCCAUCGCGGACGGCGCUGGCAUGAGCCAGUUCCUGCAGGCCGUGGGCGAGCUCGCGCGCGGGAUGUCGUCGCCGACCGUCGUCCCGUUCAGGCACGAUCUUGCCCUUGCAGGCAUGCCUUUAGCCAUCCAGCGCGUUGACCGGCUGAUCAAUAGCCUCCAGCCAUCUCUCCUGACGCUGGUCCACGUCAGCGUGCCGUAUAGCCUGGUCACUCGCAUCAAGCACGAGUUCGCCGCCGUGAACAACAGCCAGCCGUGCACCGUGUUCGAGGCGGUCACAGCGGUGCUGUGGCGGUGCCGCACUCGCGUGGUCAUGCAGGACCCGUCGUCCCCGGCCCUGCUCGGCUUCGUGGCCGACACGCGCAGGCACGCAGGUGCCAAGCAUGGGUUCUACGGCAACUGCUGCUUCCUCGCGCCACCGGUCGUGGCGACGAGCGGCGCCGUGGCUGAGGGUGACAUCAACGACGUGAUCAAGAUGAUCCAGCACGCAAAGGGCCGGAUACCCAGCCUCUACUCCGCCUCCUCCUCCUCCACCACUGAUUACGACGAGGAUGGCCGGCGGCUGCAGGAGCUGGCCGACGCGGGCAAGCUUGGGUACGGCAACAUGCUCGGGGUAUCGUGCUGGCGGAACCUCGGCAUGGAGAAGGCCGACUUCGGCGGGGGGACGCCAGCGAGGGUGAUGGGGUACAUGAAGGAGGGGAUGGGCCGCCUCCCGUCCUGCGUGUGCCUCCCGUCCGUAGACGGCGACGAGUCGUUCAGCGUCAUGGCGCUCUGCGUCAAGAAGGAGCACGCUGCCGCAUUUCUUAUAGAGCUAGCGACCUUCAACUGA